AUUCCUCUGUAAGUUCACUGGUAAAUAUGGUGAAAUUAAAGGACAUGUACGACUGGAAGGUUGGAGCCGAUUUGAAGGUGGCUAAACUGAAUGUUGGAGGAGGACAUUCUGACUCGUUUGAAUUUGCACAAUCCAGAAAUGAUGACGACCACUACACCUUCAGCUCACACUGGCAGCGUUUUUCUUUGUACAGGCACGCUGUGACCAACAAGCGACGUCUCAACGACGGUUUUAAGAAUGAUGUGAAAAAGCUGCCAAGAUCCUAUAACUCUGCAACCAAAGAUGAAUACAGAGAGUUCAUACGUAAAUACGGCACUCAUUACAUCCAUCGGGUCACUCUUGGAGGACAAAUCAGACGACUUGCAGCGACACGUACGUGUUUAUCCAGACUGAAUGACAUCUCCACUAGCGAUUCACAGACGUGUAUAUCCCUGGAUCUGGAAGUGGGUCUCGGAUUGGCCAGACUAAAGUCUUCAUGCUCCGAUUUCCUAAAGAACAGGCAUAUGAAGGGCUCCUAUUCUGCUGGUCUGUAUGUAGAGGAAACAAUGGUGAGGGGAGGCGAUCCUUGGAGCGGGUUGGUUUCUAGCGAGCACCCUGACUCUAAGGGCUAUCAUCAGUGGAAGGAAUCCCUGAAGCGCAUCCCUAUGAUUGUUGAUUUCGUCAAAAAACCACUCUAUGAUCUGGUGAAUGAAAAGGCAAAACAUGGACUGGAAGAUGCCAUAAAUGCAUACAUAAGGGACCCGGACAUCAAAUUUUCAGCCACAAAUUUCGUCACAGAACGAUCCUGUAGCCAUCAUGGUGACUGCUGCCCCGAACGGCUGGGGCAGGGCUGGCUGACGGUGACCAUUCUCCGAGGCUUUCGUCUGUAUGGUGAUGUACUCAGUGCCACUGAAGGGUAUGUUGAGAUAUCAUACGGUGGAAAAUUCGACAGCACCCGAAUGAUUCAGUCAAACGACCCUCAGUGGGACGAGACGUUUUAUCUGGGUUUGGUGGACACUACACUGACACUGACCCUUGAGCUCAGAGAUAAAGAUCCAUUCCGUGAGGAGAGGCUGUUCUAUUGUGAAUGGGAUGUGAGGAAGGGGUCACAUCCAUUGAGCUGCAAACAUAAGUAUGGCGUCAUCACGGCUGAAUAUUCACUCGAGUGUGUCUCCCACCUCACAGGAGACAAGUGUGACAUAUAUGAAAAAAUGUCAGUUUAAUAGUUUGAGGACAUUUCAGAGCCUGAACUUCAUCCCUUUUAUUACAGUAUAGACACAGUCCUUUACCUUUUAUCACAGUAUCUGUAUUAAUACUGGAGGAAACUCUGUAUGCAUGUCCUCUGAGAUGUAUGUUUGAGUCACACUACAGUCUGAAGGUCCAGUUAAAGAAUGAAACUGGACUCAGGUUUGGAAGGUGUGUGGAAAAUAACAGACAAUAAAAACAUACAUGAACA